GCGCCACUCCUCAACGCUUCCUCACCACUGUUGCCGGCCGGCCGAUGUUGCGCCGAUCGCUGUGCCGCGCGAUGUCGACGGCGGCCAAACCGACGCCUGUCAAGCCAGAAUACCCCAAGUCAUUCCUAUCGCACGUGGCCAGCCAGCCGUUGAAUGCGUUUAACGUCGGCGUGACCAUCUUGACGCUGUCGUUGUCGAUUCAGCUCGUGAACUCGAACGGAUUGAUCAAGGACGAGCAGAAGAAGAACGAGAAGCUGUCGAAGUAUGUAGCCCGACUGGAAGAUCGGUUGAAGGAACUGGACAUUGUUGUGUUGACGGAAGACGAGUUGGAAAAGGCCGCCGAAGCCGAAGCGUUGCGUCAGGUGGAGUUGGCGCUGCAGGAGAAGGCCAAGGCUGCCCCCAAGACCAAGAGCGUCAUGGUUUAGCUAAUUGAAAAGCAUUCAAGUUUCUGCAUUAACAGUUUACUUCUUGCCCGUGCCAGGCAGAGAUCGCUUGGUGGAGUUCGAG